CAACGGCUGCGCGCAGGGGUCAAGGGGCGAGCGGAUACCAGCUUCGGCGCCGGGCGCAACGCGGCGGGGGCCGGACAGGUGUGCGGAAGGGGGGCGGUGCUUGGGGAUCCUGCGCACUGCGCGCACCCCUCCCCCACGCGCGGCUCCCGGCGCGGCCCCGGCCCGGCGCGAGCGCGACUGAGCGGCGGCGGCCGCAGCCCCUCGGACUGGUAGGCGACGCCGCGAGAACCUGCAGACUGCGCGGGCUGUUGGUCCCCUCAGGCAGGAGGCGCGGGCAGCCGCGGGGCCAUGGAGCCUGGUGACGCGGCGAGGGUUGGCCCGCAGUGGGCGGCCCGGGUGCUGCCACAGCGGCUGCUGCUGUUGCUGCAGUUGCUGCCGCUGCUGCUGAGUCGGGGGCUGCAUGUCGCGGCCGCGGCCUCCUCCUCAGGGGCGGUGGCCGAGGACAGCAGCGCCAUGGAGGAGCUCGCCACUGAGAAGGAGGCUGAGGAGAGCCACCGUCAAGACAGCGUGAGCCUGCUCACAUUCAUCCUGCUGCUCACGCUCACCAUCCUCACCAUCUGGCUCUUCAAGCACCGCCGGGUGCGCUUCCUGCAUGAGACCGGGCUGGCCAUGAUCUACGGACUCAUUGUCGGGGUGAUCCUGAGGUAUGGCACCCCUGCCACCAGUGGUCAUGACAAGCCCCUCAGCUGCACCCAAGAAGACAGGGUCUUCAACACCUUAUUAGUGAAUGUCAGUGGGAAGUUCUUCGAGUACACCCUCAAAGGAGAAAUCAGCCCUGGCAAGAUCAACAGUGUAGAGCAGAAUGAUAUGCUGAGGAAGGUAACAUUUGAUCCAGAGGUUUUUUUCAAUAUUCUGCUGCCUCCAAUUAUUUUCCAUGCUGGAUACAGUUUAAAGAAGAGACACUUUUUCAGAAAUCUGGGGUCUAUUCUGGCUUAUGCUUUCUUAGGGACUGCUGUUUCCUGCUUCAUUAUUGGAAAUCUCAUGUAUGGUGUGGUGAAGCUCAUGAAGAUUGUGGGGCAGCUCUCGGAUAAAUUUUACUACACAGAUUGUCUCUUUUUUGGAGCAAUUAUCUCUGCCACUGACCCAGUGACUGUACUGGCGAUAUUUAAUGAACUGCAUGCAGAUGUGGACCUUUAUGCACUUCUGUUUGGAGAAAGUGUCCUAAAUGAUGCUGUUGCCAUUGUACUGUCCUCGUCUAUUGUUGCCUACCAGCCAGCAGUGCUGAACACUCAUGCCUUUGAUGCUGCUGCCUUUUUUAAGUCAGUUGGCAUUUUCCUAGGUAUAUUUAGUGGCUCUUUCACCAUGGGAGCUGUGACUGGUGUGGUGACUGCUCUAGUGACCAAGUUCACUAAGCUACACUGCUUCCCCCUGCUGGAGACGGCACUCUUCUUCCUGAUGUCCUGGAGCACAUUCCUCUUGGCAGAAGCCUGUGGGUUUACAGGUGUUGUGGCUGUCCUUUUCUGUGGAAUCACACAGGCUCAUUACACCUACAACAAUCUGUCAGUGGAAUCGAGAAGUCGAACGAAGCAGCUCUUUGAGGUGUUACACUUCCUGGCAGAGAACUUCAUCUUCUCCUACAUGGGCCUGGCGCUGUUUACCUUCCAGAAGCACGUUUUCAGCCCCAUUUUCAUUAUUGGAGCUUUUGUUGCCAUCUUCCUGGGAAGAGCUGCACAUAUCUACCCACUCUCCUUCUUCCUCAACUUGGGCAGAAGACAUAAGAUUGGCUGGAAUUUUCAACACAUGAUGAUGUUUUCAGGCCUCAGGGGAGCAAUGGCAUUUGCACUGGCCAUCCGAGACACGGCAUCCUACGCUCGCCAGAUGAUGUUCACAACCACCCUCCUCAUUGUCUUCUUCACUGUCUGGAUCAUUGGUGGAGGCACAACGCCUAUGCUGUCAUGGCUUAAUAUAAGAGUUGGAGUCGGGGAGCCCUCUGAAGAGGACCUGAACAAACACCGCUGGCUUUACUUCAGAGUUGGUGUUGAUCCAGAUCAAGACCCACCACCCAACAAUGACAGCUUUCAAGUCUUACAAGGGGAUGGUCCAGAUUCUGCCAGAGGAAACCGGACAAAGCAGGAGAGUGCAUGGCUAUUCAGGCUGUGGUACAGCUUUGACCACAAUUACUUGAAGCCCAUCCUCACGCACAGUGGUCCCCCCUUAACUUCCACUCUCCCAGCCUGGUGUGGCUUGCUCGCUCGCUGUCUGACCAGUCCUCAGGUAUACGAUAACCAAGAGCCGCCGAGAGAGGAAGACUCGGAUUUCAUCCUGACUGAAGGUGACCUCACCUUGACCUAUGGGGACAGCACAGUGACUGCAAACGGCUCCUCAGGCUCCCACACGGCCUCCACGAGCCUUGAGGGUGGUCGCAGAACAAAGAGCAGCUCUGAGGAGGUGCUGGACCGAGACCUGGGAAUGGGAGACCAGGUUUCAAGAUGGGGCACCCGCCUUGAGCUCCCCCUGGAAGAUAAUAUGUGACUUUGCCCCCGACCUGAAGUGAUGGGGCAGGCCCAGGGGGCAGUAGGGGUGGCCACAAGCCCUUAUACUUGCCGUGGGGGCACUGAGUGGAACGAACAUUUCUGUUUAUGGAGGUCUGAGUGUAUCUUAAUAUUUAAAAUUUCACCCAGGAUGCAGAUGGUGGGGCUGAAGUGUCUCUAAAUCAAGACAAGUGCAGACCCAUUCCCACUUUUUCAUGUAGUGUAGUAGUGGCUGUGCAGAGUUAACAAACAAAUAGCAUGCUUUAAUGGUCUCUUAAUUCACUCACCUGCAGUGUCUUAACAAGGUGUGGCAGGUACUGGGGAUUCCUCCCAGGAGAGGCUUCUGGGCCCUGCCCAGAAGCACAAGCCUAGCUGCUGUAGGGAUAGCUAGUCAGGAGAGGAUGGGCUGGAGGAAAGACCAUGAAGGAAGGCCACUGCGAUCAGACUGCCAAGGAUUAUGGGAAGCUGGUGUUCAAUGGACAGCAAACAUGAAAAAGCUGUGAGAGCAGAGGCUCCGUCGAGGGCCGCGUCACAGCAGCCUUGUAUCAGGAUUCCUGAUCUUUUUUGCUACCUGUGUUUCCUCUAGACUGAAGAAUGGAAAAUAUAUCCAUGAACAUUUCAACAUGGGGGAAAGAAUGAUAAUAACCAUCUCUGGAAGUUUCCAUGAAGAAGUUACUGAAAUGUUUAAAACCAAAGGCAAAAUAGUGUUACACUAUUGUUUAUUAAUCUAAGGACAGGAAAAACUUUAGAAACUGAGGAUGAGAUCACUGCGAAAAUCAGUUCUUGGAGGCCACCAUAUGAGCUGAUGCCUGGGAGUGAUUAAUAGGGCUGAGCUAUGUACUGUAGGUUUAGAAAUAACACCAAAAAUUGUGGAUGCUUUUACUGGGGAAGGGAAGGCAGCAAGAAGCCUAAGAGACAAUAGGCUAGUAUUCAGAGGGAAGAAAUCUCACUGUAAAAAAAUUAACCACAAAGAAAAUACAAGAGUGAAUUCUAAAGACUGAGUAGAAUUCCAGACUUUGAGCUAACAAGUGCAUGAGAUUUCCAUGGCUACAUGAGGAAUCAGGCAAAUCAAUGGAAAGUCAAGCAUUAUCUAAUCCAGUGGAGAAGAUUCUAGCUACUAUGAAAUUAAGAAUCCAGAUGAAUUGACACUGAGUGCCACUUAGAGAAGGGUCAUUUUCUUGGUAUCGGGGAGGCUUAUACCAGCUUAAUGUGUGAGUGUGGUUUGAAAUUUAGGUUUUUGGUUUGGGUUCUUUGUGGGUGAGCUGUUCUACCUGCCCACACUUAGGUCAAAUACUGAGAGAGGUCCUGGAAACCAAGUUUGCCAAUUCUCCCCAUGUCUCUAUGCUUCAGUGCUAGUAUAUUUGAAAACCCAAUAUCUUAAUAAAUGCUUUCAUAAGAUGUGGGCAUUUUUCUUAUUAUGGAAGAUGAAAUAGUGGCCCAGUCUAGUACACCCAUAAUGAAACCAGCCAUUUAAUAUUAACUCACAUUUUUAAUGGUUAAUUUUUAAAUAAGACAUUGCUUCACAUUUUGUUUUUGAAUGGAUAGUUUGUAUAAACCAGGACAAAAUUAUUACUAGGUUGAACCAUAUGAAAUUGCUGAUACUGAAUGAUUUUAAAAAACAGAAAUGGCAAUUUCAUAUGAUUCAGUAUAAUAUAACCAAAUGAUUUUUAUUCACCUCUUUCCUUCCUUUCUACACUAACAUCUGUUUUGAUUUUAUGGUCAUCCAUGGGUUUUGUAAGUUUGAAACAAAAGCUAACCAAUGUACCUAACCCCAUGAGGAU